AUGGGAACAGCAGAAGAGAACCAAACAGUUGUCAUGGAAUUCAUCCUCAUAGGAUUCAGGACUAUCCCUGAACUGCAGGGUCUUCUUCUUUUGCUCUUUCUAGCAAUCUACAUUGCUACAGUGGUGGGGAACCUCCUCAUUGUUGCAAUAGUUGUUACUGAUCAGCAUCUUCACACACCUAUGUACUUCUUCCUGGUGCAUCUAUCCUGCAUGGAGAUGUGCUGUACUUGUACCAUCCUUCCCAGGAUGUUGGCCACGUUCUUGACAAAUGAAUAUGUCAUCUCAUUAAAUAGCUGUUUCUUGCAAUAUUAUUUUCUAAACUGGAUGGAAGCAUCUGAAUGUUGUCUCUUGUCAGCCAUGUCUUAUGAUAGGUACCUAGCAAUAUGCAAGCCCCUACAUUAUGCAACACGUAUGAAUGGCAAAUUCUGUUUGCAGCUAGCUAUUGGGUCUUGGAUAAAUGGGAUGGCUGCUAGUACUAUUGUAACUGCUUUCCUAUUCCAUUUGAUUUUCUGUGGUCCCAAUGAAAUUGAUCAUUUCUUCUGUGAUUUAACCCCAAUGAUGAAUCUUUCCUGUGGUGACACCAGCACACUUGAGAUUGUUACUUUCAUCUUGGCUUCCAUAUUCACAUUGCCCCCAUUUCUACUGACAGUCAUCUCGUAUAUUUGUAUCAUUGCCACUAUCCUGGGGAUGCCUUCUGCCACCAGGAGGCACAAAGCAUUUUCCACCUGCUCCUCACACCUUAUUGUGGUGACACUUUUCUAUGGGUCUCUAAUCAUUGUCUAUGUGUUACCAAAAAAUAACAUAUUCAGAGACCUCAAGAAGGUGUUCUCAUUCUUCUAUACUGUUCUGACUCCCAUAGUCAACCCUCUCAUAUAUAGUUUGAGAAAUAAAAAUGUAAAGGAGGCUUUUGCAAAAGCUGUGAGCAAAUAUUUGUCUUUGAUGAGAGAUCAGAGAACCCAUACUAAUUAUUAA